UGAUCUCUGUGAAAAAAGUAUCAAGCUUUGUGCUUGAUGCUUCUCUCUCUUACCAUCUGGGGAUAUAAGUGUUACUUCCAAGACUUGAGUCUUAAAAGAUGGAGCAGUGCCAAGAGAGGAAGUUUGCGUGUAGGUUCUGCAGCAAGAGGUUCCCUUGUGGUAAAUCACUUGGAGGUCACAUCAGAACUCACAUGAACCACGAGAACUCAGCUGAUUCAGAUGAACUCAAUAAUCUCAGAGUCGACGAAAAUGGAGGCAACUCUAGCUACGGUCUGAGAGAGAAUCCUAAAAAGAACAAGAGGUUUGUGGUUCAAAGAAGCAUGAUGGCUCUGAAACAUCAACAACACCAACAGCAACUUCUUUAUUGCAGAGAAUGUGGUAAAGGCUUCCCUUCUUCUAAAGCUCUUUGUGGUCACAUGGCUUGUCACUCCGAGAGAGAGAAGAUUGUGAUGGAUAGUCAAUCUGAGACUGAAGCUUCUUCAUCACCUACCAGGAGAAGAUCCAAGAGAGUUGUUGGUGGUAGCAUCAUGAAUCAGUACGGUUCAGCAUCUUCUGAUGACACUGGGAUUGAGCCUGAACAAGAGGAAAUGGCAUUGUCUCUGAUGAUGAUGUCUAGAGACUCAAGUUUCAAGAAAGGACAUAACAUGGCUGAGUCUUCAGACUACUCUGUGAUACUUGAGACCAAGUCAUCUUCAGGAGAACAGCUGAAGAAAUUUUGUAAGCAAGACAAACUUGGAGGAGUAGAUGUUCUGUAUGAAUCAGACAAUUCUGAUUCUGGAUACUUCAGGAAUGGACCAAAGAAGUUAGACUCAGACGUUUCUGUUGAUGCUGGAUUCAUUAACAAUGCUGCAAUGGGGCUCAAUAACAGAUUCCGGAAGGAACGGUCAGGAACCGGAUCAGGUCGUUCGUCUACAAAGUAUGAUCUGAGGAAAAGCAAAAGAGGGUUUCCUUGUUACGGUCGGAAGAAAACCAAGUAUGAGUUAGCUGAAUCAGUUUAUGACAGUGGUGAUCAGCUAAGCUUGGAGACUGAAUCUUGUGCAGACACAAUCAAGAUUCAUAGUAAUAGAUCCACAAUGGUUAAGAAAGCAAGUGGUGGUGGUGCAAAGAAGAAAAGCAAAGGCCAUGAGUGUCCUAUUUGCUUCAGGGUGUUUAAAUCAGGACAAGCAUUGGGUGGUCACAAGAGAUCACAUUUCCUUGGUAAUCAUGAGCACAGGACUUUGGUGAUCCAACAACAACACCAAGUGGCUCAUGAGAUGCAUACACUCAUCGAUCUCAAUCUUCCUGCUCCUAUAGAUUAAUGCCAUCAGCAGUAACUGAAAAAUCAAGAUUUUGUUCUUCUCAUUCUUGUUUCUCCUCUGUUUUAUUUGUUCUUUGCUUCAGAUUCAAGCAUACUUUUUUUACUUUUAUUUGUUCAUAAUUAUA